GCUGCUAUAAAUAGAGUGAGGGAGAGAGGGUGUUAUCAUAUGAGGUGUACAUAGGAUAGUCUGUAUGAUAUCUGGAUUUUCAUAUAGUAUCUAGUUUGUAAUAUUAUAGCGCUAGAGACAUAAAAAAGUUGAUACAUAGAAAUCAUAGAGAUUGCAGCAUAUUUAUAUAGAGAUUGAGAAGAGAUGGGCGGAGGGAGAGCCCCUUGUUGUGAUAAGAAGAAUGUGAAAAGAGGGCCGUGGAGUCCUGCAGAAGAUAUGAAGCUCGCUGCUUUUAUCCAGAAGAAUGGGCAUGGUAACUGGCGCUCUCUCCCUAAACUAGCUGGGCUACUGCGAUGUGGAAAAAGUUGUAGAUUGAGAUGGAUAAAUUACCUGAGCCCCAGCGUGAAGCGAGGCAACUUUACUCUACAAGAGGAGGAAACCAUUAUCAAGUUGCACGACUUGUAUGGAAACAGAUGGUCGAAGAUUGCAGCUGAGUUACCAGGACGAACUGAUAACGAGAUCAAAAAUGUCUGGAACACACACUUAAAGAAAAGAUUAUCAGGGAAAUAUUCCCAGUGCCGCAGCAAUAUCAGUAAAAAUAAAUUACCCAAAAAUGAUGAAUGUUCAUCAAUAAUGAUCGCAGCAUUAUCUUCCGUAUCUUCAACUAGUGCUACUUCAAAUACUGGUGCUGAGGUUCCAUGUCAAGAAGACAAUAAACAGCCUACAAGGGAUCAUCGUCGUGAUCAAUGUCCUCCUGUGGCCACAAUGCCGGAGAUGUUAACAGAGAUAACACCACAGAUUUGUCCGGAUAAUAAUGCUAAGAAAGAAACAUCUAGAACAAGUUCGUUUUCUUCCAAUGCAUCGGAUUAUUCGAGCUCUGCUCAACCCUAUCAUCAAGCUGGCAAUGCAGAUAAGGAAAUGGAGUCACUGUUAAGUUACUCUGAGGAAGUUCCUAGUGAUUUUGAUAUAUGGACUGUGUUGGAAGACUUCGAAAAGUUUGAGUCACAGCAAGAGCAGCAGCUGGUGCCUUCCUAUUUGCAAGGCUCGAGUUCUGGAGAUGAGGAUUAUAUUAUAAAUCAUGACAUAGAAUUAGCUGAAAAGAGUGAGUGGUACAGAUACUUAGAAAAUAAUGAGAUUGGACUUGUGGGAAUUAUUGGAGAAGAAGAAAAUAUUUCUCAAAAUGGGAAAACUGGAAAUGGGUUUUGUGAGGAGAUGAGCUUGGAGCCAGAAAUUGAUCCUGACAUGGACUGUUUAAAACAUUGGCCACCUUCACCUCACAUAUUUUGAAAUUUAUGUUGACACUGUAAUGUAAUACUAGCAUUAGAUUAAUUAUGUUCGGGGAUGGGGAUUAAGGAGAGAUUAAUAUGCUUGGAGGCGGUAAUUAUGGUGAGGUUAUUAUUUC